AUGUUGAACAUGAAAGAAUUUCUUGAGGCACACCAUUGUUUAAACCAGGAUGUUGGAAUUGGACAAAGGAUGAUAACAAUUUCGACUGUUGGGGUUCCAAACACUAUUAGGAGACUGGCUUCGUACAAACUUCAAUCGACACUGGCUAUUAGUUUGCAUGCUCCCAAUCAGAAACUCCGGGAAAAGAUUGUGCCAAGCGCAAAGUCAUAUCCUUUGGAAGCAAUAAUGGAGGACUGCAAACACUACUUCCUUGAAACGGGCAGACGUGUGUCGUUUGAGUACACACUGUUAGCCGGCGUGAAUGAUACUGCAGAGCAUGCGAUAGAUUUGGGCAAGCUUAUUCACAAAUGGGGUCCCGGAUAUCAUGUUAACCUAAUACCUUUCAAUCCUGUACAAGGCUCCGAGUAUCAGCGUCUCUCUAAAAAAUCAAUUCUUGGGUUUUCGACAGCUCUCGAGUCUCGGAAAAUUACUGUUAUUGUUCGCAAACAAGGGGACUUGAUGCAAGUGCAGCCUGUGGGCAACUAA